AUGACUAACAAUGAGACCGAGAACUUUCUAAAUCAAGGAACAAAGGUUGCAAAAGUACCAGACCGAAAUCUGCAAGCUGCUUCCCGAGUUCGACGAAUGCCAACUCGGCCAAAUCCCCUGAACCUGACUUGGGACUGGCGCAACCGUAUUGUCACAUAUUUGCAGGACGACGUACUCCCAAGUGAUAAAAAAGAAGCCAAAAAACUGAGAAUGCAAAUAGCCAGGUAUAGCAUCAUCCACAAUGACCUGUAUAAGAGAACGUACGGCGCCCCUCUGGCGAAAUACUUGGGCCCAAAUCAGACGCGGCGCAUUCUUGAAGAGGUCCAUGAAGGUAAUUGUGGAGCUCAUUCCGGCAAUCGGGCUUUGAUCAGAUGCCUCAUACGGGCAGGGUAUUACUGGCCCAGAAUGAAAAAAAGGCCGCGGACUUCGUGA